AUGGAGGUCAACUCUGGUACCGAAGUGUGUUUCCUUUGUAAGGAACCCGUUUCUGCAGAUACUGUCACCGUAACUCGGGGCUUAGAAAAUUUGAUUCUUGUUAGCAAGGAAAGGAAGGAUAAACAUCAAAGUUUUUUGGAAAAACAAACGUCUUUGCAAAUGCACAAAGACUGCAGGAGACUCUACAUUCUCAAACGAAAUGGCAGCUUCCAGUCCAACAAUUUUGUCUCUGACGAGACCAAAAAAUUACAACAAUUGUGCAGCCCCAAGAAAAAAGAGCUCAGGAGUGAUGGAUUUGAUUUCUGGGCCAAUUGUAUGUUCUCUGGCUUGCCAGCUUCCAGAGAACAUGACAAGAUGAGAAGACGUCCAGGAGACGAGUUUGUUGUAAUUAAAAAAGAAGAAUACCAUACAAAGAUCAUAACAGAAAUCAAAAAUCGAAUCCAGAACGAAUUCUGUAAGACACUAUUGGAUAGAAUUUCAACAGUGGAGCUUGUAAGUGCCGAAGCACGAUACCAUAAAAAAUGUAACCGGAGAUUCUUUAGGCCUCCACCAAUUUAUGACAACCCUGGACGUCCCAAGGAGCAACAUGUUCAAGACAAAAUGGCCAUAGUUGUGGCCUAUAUUAAGGAAACUGACGAAAAACUGUACUGCCUAGCUGAUUUGAUUAAAAUUGCAGGUCAGCGUUUAAAGAAACACUAA